AUUGAUAUUAAUUUUAUGUAAAUAUUUAUACACUCGCUCCUUUGCCCCACUUGGACCCACUUAGGUCGGUGCCGAAGGUCGAAGUACACUCGCUAAUCUCUUCACUGUCCCGAGAUGCUCAGUUCCAGGAUUCUUUCGGGCUUAACACGGAUUCGUCCAGCACUGACAAGCAUCCGGACAAUGGCAGCAGCAGCAGAGGGUUACACGUUUGAGACCCUUGCGGUUUCUUCACCUCGAGAAAAUGUCUUCCUAGUUGAACUCAACCGCCCAGAUAAAUUAAAUGCCAUGAAUGGCACAAUGUGGAAAGAUAUUGGACAGUGUUUCAACAAGCUCGGGGAAGACGCAGACUGUAGAGCUAUUGUUCUGAGUGGAAGUGGACGGCUCUUCACCUCAGGCCUUGACCUAAGUGACAUGACAGGGAUAGUAUCAUUAGUGAUGGGGGAUGAUGAUGUUGCUCGGAAGUGUCGUUCUCUGCAUCACCUCAUCAAAGAAUUCCAAGAUGCAUUUUCUUCACUAGAAACGUGUCCGAAACCAGUAAUUGCUGCAGUACAUAAUGCUUGUGUUGGUGGUGGUGUGGACCUCAUCUGCUCAGCCGACAUUCGCUACUGUACAUCUGACUCGUGGUUCCAAAUUAAGGAGGUUGAACUCGGCCUGGCAGCAGAUGUUGGAACACUGCAGCGCCUUCCCAAGAUCAUUGGCAACCAAAGUCUUGUCCGGGAAUUGGCAUUCUCUGCAAGGAAGAUGUUCUCAGAAGAGGCAUUGCAGAGCGGUUUUGUUUCUAGGAUCUUCUCUGAUAAGCAGAGUGUACUAAAUGGGGCACUUGAUAUGGCAACAACAAUUGCCAGCUUGUCUCCAGUCGCUGUCCAGAACACGAAAACAACAUUGAUCCACGCUCGUGACCACACCGUUCAGGAGGGUUUGGACUAUGUGGCUAUGCUAAACAUGGUGAUGCUACAGAGUGAAGACCUUCGCUUAGCUGCGAUGGCAAUGAUGAACAAACAGAAGAAAGCUACAUUUGCCAAACUUUAGAAGAAAUGAAUACAAGUUGACAUGAUAGGAAUUCAGAGAGCUGAUGAUUAUUGGUAUGAGAACUUUAAUAUUAUCUAGGUAAAAGUUCAGGGUAAAAAAAAAAUUGGCGACUAACUGAUAUAUUCUGUGGAAAAGAAGUAUGAUAAUGAUAAAAGCAUUAAUAAUGAUAAUAAUUGUAACAGAAAUAAAACCAUUUUUGGUAACAAAGUACUUCUGAAAUAAUCUAUGUAUAAACAAAAUUGACAAACAAACUACCGUGCAUGUUAUAUACCUGACACUAGUGGGUCAGUGGUAAGUAACAAAUUUUGUGUACUGAUGACAUACUCAUAUGUUUAUUGUAUUCUUAUAAUCUAUUUAAUGUCCUGGAAGAGGUUGUUUUAAGAUUAUAUUACAUGUCUUUGGUGCUCAGCUUGACAUGAACUCAAGUGCACUAAAUAUAAAGUGCUCUUCUAAACAAUGCAAGUUUUUAUAAGGUUAGUUUGUAUAUAUAUAUAUAUAAGAGUUUCUAUCAGAUUUGUGUGUACUUGAUUUUCAUUAUAGAGAUAAUACAAUAAAGAUAUAAUUUCUG